AUGCCACCUAUAUAUGCUCUGUUAAGCAUUGCAGUGAAAUGCACUAUUGCAGUUUGCAUCUACAUUGAAAAAACGCGUCGGACUGGUUUCUUGGGAAUUUUGUUUGAUUGCGAAGAGGAGCCCGGAAUUCCGAAGCCCAAAGACGAUGAUGAUGAUUAUGACCAUGAUGACGAGUUCGCUUUUGAUUUUAGUGGGCAGUUGGAGAAAUCCUCUUUCUCUGCGGCAGAUGAGCUGUUCGACGACAGCAAGAUUAAGCCGUUGAAGCCGUCACCGAGGUUGCAGUACGAGAGGAGACCGUCGGACUCUUCGCGAUCGCCGAAGCAAAGGAUUAAGGAGGCAUUCUCACCGUGCCACCAGAGGAAGGAUUUUGAUCCUUUCUCAACCGCACUUGAAAAGGUUCCGAUGAAAGGCGCGAUUCAGUGUUUCGAUGAAAGAGAAAGAAACCAGUCCAACGCUUUUUUUCCCCCUUAUGCUACCAGCAUGUGCACGCCGCCAACGCGCUGUCCCGGAAGCAUCUUCGGUCGCAGAUCUGCAACAACUGCGACACCGAGUCCGUCGCCGUCCGCUGUUCCACGGAGAACCUCUUCCUGUGCUCCGAACUCGUCCCGCGACACCAUGAAGACGACCGGAUCACCAAAACGCAGUUAA